AGCAAACUUUCCUCAGUGAGAUAAAAUCAGGCACCCACCUGUCAGAUCAUUUCCGGCUCUGAAGCAGAAGUGCCACCCAGCGCAGAGGAGGGCCCAGAUCCGAGCAUGAGACCCCUCUUCACCCUCCAGGGGAGAGCUGUCAGCAUGCUGCUUGUCUGCCUGCUGUGGGCAGCCGUGGUGUUCACCUGGCUUGGAUCCAGCACAGCCCAGACGGUCACUCAGACUCAACCAGACACGACUGUGUGGGAGACAGAGACUGUGACCCUGCACUGCACGUAUGACACUAGUGACACUAAUUAUUAUUUGUUCUGGUACAAACAGCCUCCCGGUGGGGAGAUGAGUUUCAUUAUUCGCCAAGAAUCUUAUAAUCAAGAGAAUGCAACAGAGGAUCGCUUCUCUGUGAACUUCCAGAAAGCAAAAAAAUCCUUUGGUCUCAGGAUCUCAGACUCCCGGCUGGAGGAUGCUGCAAUGUAUUUCUGUGCUUUCACUGGCCCUUCCAAUGCCAGAAUCUUCUUUGGAACGGGAACCCAGCUGGUGGUGAAGCCCAAUAUCACGGACCCUGACCCUGCCGUGUACCAGCUGAGAAGCCCUAAAUCCAGUAACAUCUCUGUCUGCCUGUUCACCGAUUUUGAUUCUGAAACCAAUGAGGAGCAAGCCCCAGAGCCCACGAUGACCAGGCUAAAAAGUACCGUCCUGGACAUGUGGUCGAUGAAUUCCAAGAGCAAUGGGGCCCUGGCGUGGAGCGCCAGCACUGAUUUUAAAUGCAAUGAGACCUUCCAUGAGGAAUUCUACUCCAGCUCAGACUUUUCCUGUAAUGCCACUUUGAUAGAGAAAAACUUCGAAACAGAUAUGAACCUAAACUUCCACAACCUGUUCAUGAUCGGGCUGCGUGUCAUCCUCCUGAAAGUGGCUGGGUUUAACCUGCUCAUGACGCUGCAGCUGUGGUCCCGCUGAGGUCACCAAGAACAUGAGAGCGCCUGGCACUCCCUCGCUCCUGGCUCCCCACCGUACCUCUUCCCCCUCUUCAAGCAGAGAGGCAGACUGUCUGCUCCCCUGAACAGAUAAGAAGGCUCCCUCUGCCUCUCUGGCCCCACUGGCAAUGGCCACCAGCUGGAUCCCACCAGAUACUCACCAUCAAGGUGCUGAAGAGCUGCCAAACCCUGCCUCUGCCCCCUCGGUUCCCUCACUGCUGCUUGUCACCACUGGACGCUCACAGCAAAGUCAGGGGGCCGCUGCGGAGAGACUCCCUGUCCCUCCCCUGAGACUGCCUCUUACAUCCCCUGUCCCCUAUCCUCUGGGCGAGGAACCCCCAGUGGGUCCUCCUGGGCUCUAGCUCCCGGAGAAGGUUGUGAGGAGUCUGUUUUUUUAAAUAAUGUUCAUAAAUAUGUAUACCCUUUUCCCCAAGAUGUGGGGGAAAUUAUUACGGAGACCCUGCUGUGCUGUGUAUCUGAGCAGCGUUGUAUAUCCUGCUACCCGUGAUUCAUUAAAGGCAAUUUGGAAGAGCCCAAA